UGAAAAUCUGGGCAUUGAGAGGGUUAAGUUUCAGGACUUUAUCCCUGUAUCUCGGAUGUGAUUUUCUUGUUAUGCGGUAAAGAUGCCCGGAUCGCUAAGCAAUGAAGAUGAGGGGCAAGACGAUAUGGAUUUUGAGGACGACGUGCCAGAUGAGGAUGAGGAAGGUGAACGUCAGAGGAGUGUCCCCCUGUCACCGCUAGAGAGAUUCUUCUCUGAGGAUGAUUCAGUUAAACAGCAUAAGAAGAAGAAACCAAGCAAGAUAAUGGAGGGAAAAGAGUCCAAAGUUAAGAAAAAGAAGAAGAAGGAGGGGCUUCCUAGCAGGCUGGAUGACAUGUCAGAUAGAGAGGAUCGUGGUCACAGGUCGGGAAGUGAGAGCAGCACCUACAGCACCCUGAAGAAGAAAAAGAAGAAACCCAAAGAGAAGAAGGAGAGGAAAACAAAACAGCGAAAGAAAGAUGAUGAUGAGGAUGACGAUGAUGAUGAUGAUGGAAACAUGAAGGAACCAAAGUCAUCCAGUCAGCUGAUGCAAGAGUGGGGUCUCGAAGAUGUGCAGUAUGCCUUCUCAGAGGACGACUAUAAAACCAUCACAAACUACAAAGCCUUUAGCCAGUUUCUUAGGCCCCUCAUUGCCAAGAAGAACCCCAAGAUCCCCAUGUCAAAAAUGAUGACGGUGCUUGGAGCAAAAUGGAGAGAGUUCAGCGCGAACAACCCUUUUAAAGGCACCUCUGCAACUGCUGUGGCGGCUGCUGUGGCAGCUGCUGUGGAAACUGUCAAUGUGGCUCCGCCCAUUUGUAUUAGAAGUAUCCAACAGAUCUCACCAUCUGGGCCAAUCAAAAAAGCCAAAACCAAAGAGGGAAAGGGGCCUGGUGCUAAAAAAAAAAGUAAGCCAGUGAAAGAAACAAAAAAGAAAGGGAAACCGAAGAAGUCCAAAUCAAAAGCAGGCCAGAGUGGAAAAAGGAAAAAAGGCUCUUCGAGCGAGGAAGAUUUCCUGGAUGACUUUUCAGACUUUGAUGACAUCAGCAUUCACAGUGCCUCUGUACGCUCAGACACUUCAGCGGCACCAAAAAAAAAGUCGGCCCGCCGAGGACGAAAAAAAAGAAAAAGAGAGGAUGGAGACGGCUACGAGACAGACCAUCAAGACUACUGUGAGGUUUGUCAGCAGGGAGGAGAGAUCAUUCUAUGUGACACCUGUCCCAGAGCAUAUCACCUGGUGUGUCUGGAUCCAGAACUGGAGAAAGCCCCCGAGGGCAAAUGGAGCUGCCCCCACUGCGAAAAAGAAGGCAUUCAGUGGGAGGCCAAAGAUGACGAGGAGGAGGAAGACGAUGUUGCGGGUGAGGAGGAAGAUGACCACAUGGAGUUCUGUAGAGUCUGUAAGGACGGAGGAGAGCUGCUAUGCUGUGAUACCUGCCCUUCCUCCUACCACAUCCACUGUCUCAACCCACCUCUUCCUGAGAUUCCCAAUGGAGAGUGGCUGUGUCCACGAUGCAUGUGCCCACCGCUAAAAGGGAAAGUCCAGAAAAUUCUGCACUGGGUGUGGGGCGAUCCUCCUCUACCACCUGAGGUCCCCCCUGGGCAGGAUGGUGAGAAGGUGGACAGUUUGGCCAAAAUACCACUGAAGGGCCGUCCAGAAAGGCAGCUGUUUGUGAAAUGGGCUGGCCUGUCCUACUGGCACUGCUCCUGGGUCAGCGAACUACAGUUGGAGUUAUAUCACACAGUAAUGUACCGUAACUACCAGCGGAAGAAUGACAUGGACGAACCGCCACCGUACGACUAUGGCUCUGGGGAGGAGGAGCUUAACAGCGAGAAGAGGAGGAGCAAAGACCCUCAGUACGCAGCCAUGGAGGAAGGAUUCUACCGUUACGGCAUCAAGCCCGAGUGGAUGAUCAUUCACCGGAUUCUCAACCACAGUUUUGAUAAGGAUGGAGAUGUACACUACCUGAUUAAGUGGAGAGAUUUGCCGUAUGAUCAGUGCACCUGGGAGGCUGAUGACUUCGACAUCCCAGAUUAUGACAGCUUCAAACAAGCCUACUGGGACCACAGGAAUCAGGUGCUUGGUGAAAGCCAUCACCCCCUGCUGUUCAGAAAGGGAAAAAGACUCAAAGAGGAAGGGAAGAGGAGAGAACCUCCACCAGACACUCCAGUUGUGGAUCCCACCAUCAAGUUUGAUCAGCAGCCAUGGUACAUCGAUGACACAGGGGGAACCUUGCACCCAUACCAGCUGGAAGGCCUGAAUUGGUUACGCUUCUCUUGGGCCCAAGGAACCGACACAAUCUUGGCUGAUGAAAUGGGCCUUGGCAAGACUGUGCAGACUAUAGUGUUCCUGUACUCACUCUACAAAGAGGGUCACUCCAAAGGGCCUUUUCUAGUCAGUGCGCCACUCUCCACCAUCAUCAACUGGGAGAGGGAGUUCGAGAUGUGGGCUCCGGAAUUCUACGUGGUGACUUACACAGGGGACAAAGAGAGCAGGGCCGUCAUACGCGAGAAUGAAUUUACCUUCGAGGACAGCGCCGUCAAAUCGGGUCGCAAGGUUUUCCGCAUGAAGAAGGACACGCCGAUAAAGUUUCAUGUCCUGCUGACAUCAUACGAACUGAUCACCAUUGAUCAGGCCAUACUUGGCUCAAUUACCUGGGCCUGUCUGGUUGUGGAUGAAGCCCACCGACUAAAGAAUAACCAGUCAAAGUUUUUCAGAAUUCUGAAUGGCUACAAAAUCUACUAUAAGCUGCUCCUGACUGGAACCCCUUUGCAGAACAAUCUCGAAGAGCUUUUUCACCUGCUCAACUUUCUCACCCCGGAGCGCUUCAAUAACCUGGAGGGCUUUCUGGAGGAGUUUGCGGACAUCUCGAAAGAGGACCAGAUUAAAAAACUACAUGACCUGCUUGGGCCACACAUGCUCAGAAGACUGAAGGCAGAUGUGUUUAAGAACAUGCCGGCAAAAACCGAGCUCAUAGUGCGAGUAGAACUCAGCCCCAUGCAGAAGAAAUACUACAAGUUCAUUUUAACACGGAACUUUGAGGCAUUAAAUUCCAAGGGAGGAGGGAACCAGGUGUCCCUUCUUAACAUCAUGAUGGACUUGAAGAAAUGCUGCAACCAUCCCUACCUGUUUCCAGUGGCUGCAGUGGAAGCUCCCGUCUUACCCAACGGUUCUUAUGACGGUAACCUCCUGGUGAAAUCCUCAGGGAAACUCACCCUGCUUCAGAAGAUGCUCAAAAAACUCAAAGACGAAGGGCACAGGGUUCUCAUCUUCUCUCAGAUGACAAAGAUGCUAGAUCUGCUAGAGGACUUCCUGGAGUUUGAGGGGUAUAAAUAUGAGCGUAUUGACGGGGGCAUCACAGGGGGGCUGCGACAGGAGGCCAUCGAUCGCUUUAACGCGCCCGGGGCUCAGCAGUUCUGUUUUCUGCUCUCUACACGUGCUGGAGGAUUGGGUAUCAAUCUGGCAACCGCAGACACAGUGAUCAUAUACGACUCUGACUGGAACCCACACAAUGAUAUUCAGGCAUUCAGCAGGGCGCAUCGUAUCGGGCAAAAUAAAAAGGUGAUGAUCUAUCGCUUUGUAACUCGGGCAUCCGUAGAGGAGCGUAUUACCCAGGUGGCCAAGCGAAAGAUGAUGCUGACCCACCUGGUGGUGCGUCCUGGCUUGGGCUCUAAGACAGGCUCCAUGUCCAAACAGGAACUAGAUGACAUCCUCAAGUUUGGCACUGAGGAGCUUUUCAAAGAUGACGUGGAAGCCGCCAGAACGAUGGGAGACAAUAAAGAAGGAGAGGAGGGUAGUGUGAUCCACUAUGAUGAUAACGCCAUUUCCAAACUGCUGGACCGUAGUCAGGAUGCCACUGAAGACACAGAAAUCCAGAACAUGAACGAGUACCUGAGCUCAUUUAAGGUGGCUCAGUAUGUGGUGAGAGAGGAGGAUGGAGAGGAGGAGGUCCAGAGGGAGAUUAUUAAGCAGGAAGAGAAUGUUGAUCCAGACUACUGGGAGAAGCUCCUGAGGCACCAUUACGAGCAGCAGCAGGAAGAUCUGGCCAGGAACCUGGGAAAAGGGAAACGCAUCCGCAAACAGGUCAACUAUAAUGACGCCUCGCAGGAGGAUCAAGAAUGGCAGGAUGAUCUUUCAGAUAAUCAGUCUGAGUACUCUGUCGGGUCCGAGGAUGAGGAUGAAGAUUUUGAGGAACGACCUGAAGGAGGACGCAGACAAUCUCGCAGACAGUUGAAGAGUGAUCGGGACAAACCGUUGCCACCAUUGCUGGCUAGAGUUGGUGGAAAUAUAGAGGUAUUGGGAUUUAACGCCCGGCAGCGGAAAGCUUUCCUGAAUGCGAUUAUGCGCUGGGGAAUGCCCCCACAAGAUGCCUUCAACUCUCACUGGCUGGUCCGUGACCUGAGAGGGAAAAGUGAAAAGGAGUUCAGGGCUUAUGUCUCUCUGUUCAUGAGGCACCUGUGUGAGCCAGGGGCAGAUGGAGCAGAGACAUUUGCAGAUGGGGUCCCAAGGGAAGGCCUGUCCCGCCAACAUGUUCUCACCCGGAUCGGUGUCAUGUCUCUGGUGCGCAAGAAGGUUCAGGAGUUUGAGCAUGUUAAUGGGAAGUUUAGUACACCAGAUUUGAUUCCUGUGGGAUUGGAGUUGAAAAAACUAACUGAAAGUGUCUCGUCGGACCCCAACACCCCUGUUCCUGCCAGUCCGGUUCCGACUCAACCCAGCACACCUGUUCCUUCAGAUAAGACAGAGUCAGUGUCUGGUUAUCAAGAAGACAAAGAGAUUACAGAACCAGAGAACACCAAAUCGCUGGACCCUGAGCAGCCAGUUAUGCCAGAACCCUCCCCUGCACCAGAGAAGACCAGUGAAGGAGAAGAGUCAAAGAGCAGCAGUCCAGAUGAGAAACGAAUAGAAGAAAAUGAGAAGAAUGACACCCCUCCUGUCCCUUCAGAGCCAUCGUCGAAUCAAGCACAGCCGCCCACUAAGCCUAGUGAGCAGUCAGCCAAUCAGACACCUCUGGACUGUGGUAAAGGGAAAGAAACUUCUCCAGAGAGAGGGGAAAAUAAACCAAGCCCAGCAAAAACAGACGAAAGGGAGCAAAAACCAGCCAUUCCUGAUGAUUUAAAAUCUGAAGAACAAAUUGUAAACCAAUUGAAUGGAGAGAAAGAUGUGAGGGAUGAUGCAGACGAGAGCCACAGAGAUGACAAAAACAGCAUUAAGACUCGGUUCAUGUUCAAUAUCGCAGAUGGAGGAUUCACAGAAUUACACACACUGUGGCAGAACGAGGAACGCGCAGCUGUGUCAUCUGGCAAAAUGUACGACAUCUGGCACCGUCGCCAUGACUACUGGCUGCUGGCUGGCAUCGUAACACAUGGCUAUGCCCGCUGGCAGGACAUUCAGAAUGACCCACGGUACACCAUUCUCAAUGAGCCUUUCAAGACUGAAAUGCACAAAGGAAACUACUUAGAAAUGAAGAAUAAAUUUCUCGCCAGACGUUUUAAGCUCCUGGAACAGGCUUUAGUAAUCGAAGAGCAGCUACGGCGCGCAGCAUACCUGAAUAUGACUCAAGACCCCAGUCACCCUGCCAUGGCCCUCAACACACGUUUCGCAGAGGUGGAGUGCCUGGCUGAGUCCCAUCAGCACCUCUCCAAAGAGUCCUUGGCUGGUAACAAACCAGCCAAUGCUGUGCUGCACAAAGUGUUGAAUCAGCUGGAGGAGCUGUUAAGCGACAUGAAGGCUGACGUGACGCGGUUGCCCUCCAUGCUUUCGCGGGUCCCACCCGUGUCCGCCCGGCUCCAGAUGUCAGAGCGGGGCAUCCUCAGCAGGCUCACCAGCCGGGGCAACGAGCCGCCACCUCAGCAGCCUUUCCCUCAGGGCUCUUUCGGCUGUUCUCAGAUGUAUAAUAGCAGUUUCGCCGGAGGGUUCCGUGGACCUGGAGGCACCGCGAUGGUGAACUACAGCCAGAUGCCCCUGGGGCCAUACGUCAGCGUGUCCUCAAACGGACCUCCGGCACCAACCAGCCACCUGGAGAAAAAGUCUAGUGAUGCUCUGCGAGAUGUGGCCACACCUGAUUUAAAAUCAGGCAAACCCAGCGAUGUUAUAUGCAUCGAGGACUAGCCUGCAGCCAUUCCGUCCACUAUCUGUACGACACAGACAGAACCUUGGAGAACUCCUCUAAACAACAAAUAUUAAACAGCAGACCUUAUCAGUUGCACUUUUGUCUUUCAGAAUCUGUACUUGUACUCGCCUAUAAGUUGUAUUCAGUAGAGUUCCGUUACUCUUUCAUUCUUUUUUAACUUCUGCGAUACGAAAGUCUUGAUCGAUUAAGGAGAGACUGAGAACGCUUAUGUAAAGGGCACCAUUGUUCUGACAGUCCUUUGAGCUUUGUUUUUUUUAUUAUUAUUAUUUUUACAUCAUUGUGUGUUUUUCUUGAUGGCCAUGAAGGACAUUUUCAUCUCUGCUAACGUUGAGCCAUCUGGAGGUGCUACUAGUUCCUGGCCAGCUCAAAGACCGGGCGUCCCACCUCUGGGUUCUUUUGCAGCCUCUGCUUUGCUCCUGGCUCUGCUCAUGAAUGGUGUGUUGUUGCUGCCCCUGCAGGUUAUUGAUGUGUAGUGCAUCUAAACACAGAAUUGUGCAAUGACUGUCAUUUUUCUCUGGAAUACUUAAGAUGAUUCUACAGUAUGUCACCACUGAUGUUUGCUUUUUGAAUUGUACUAGAUUGUUUUCAGUUUACAUUACUCUCUAAAAAGAAAAAGAGUGUUGACCCAUGAAAGGUUAAAAGGUGCUUUUAGUGAUUUUUAAAAAAAAUUUUUUUAAUUAUUAUAACAAGUUUUACCCUUAAUGAACUUAAUAGUACUUAAAUUUAAAACAGUGUACACUCAAUUGAAUUUGCAGCCUAAUAAAAGCUUGGGCUGCUUCAUGCAAGAUCACAUGACCUGAUAAAUAAUACGCACUAAACAAAAAUUACAGAUUGUACCUUAGAGCGGUAAUAAAUCAAUGGCAAAUGGAAUGUUUUUCGUGAAUUAAGAGCUGAUAUGAUACUUUGAAAAAUCUGAAAAACAUCCCAGUUGUGGUGUUUGCUGUCAAACAUUAGAGCUUACCCUCAACUCUAAAGGAAUGUUUCAUUUUAAAUGAACUCUGUUGACAUCAUCUGUGGUAAGCUGUAAUACCACAGAAAUGAUUUUGUCCCUCGGUUUGUUGAAAACGAAACAAAACAAAAACAUUUAUAGUAAUUCAUUUGCAAUGUAAGUCUAUGGGGAAAAUGUACAAUACCCGAAUAAAUGUUAAAACGUACAUCAUCGUGACUUUUUACAUGAAACACACUCUGCCCACAAUUCCAUAGGUCUGGAAAUGUUUCGGUAACAUAUAAAAGUAGUCUCGCCUCAAAAUUUUCAUGUAUAUUUUUAACAUUUAAUUUAAUUUUCAUUUUUAACAUUUAAAAUGUUGACGAAUAAUUCAUGUAGGUGCCAAGUCUCACAUUUUUCUUUUAAAUGACCUUUUGUUUGAUUUUACAAAUCGAAGGACAAGCCAAAAUUAUAUUCUGUAGUUAUCAACAGCAUGCUUGAAAUAUUUCUACAAGUUUUUAAUUUCCGGAACAAAGUGUGUGUUUCCACCAUGUUCCUGAAUAAGCUCACAUGCAAAUACACUGAAUUUGUAAACUUAAUUGCCCACAUUUUGUAUUGUUGUUAUUAUUAUUUUCACAUUCUUUCUAUUGUCAGAUGCAUUUUGCUUGACAUUUUGUGAAAACUUGGACCCUAAGUACGUUGGUUUACUAAGCCGAGCUUAUGGAUAGUAUUGACAUGAUUGUUCUGGUGCCAUAAGUGGUUGGAUUGUUUUUCUUUAAAUUUGAAAUGAUAUGCCUUGUGUAACUGUAUUUUAAGCAGCGCACUUUAUAUGGAGAUCGGAUGUGACCAUAGAGACGGCAUCUCCUAUGGGCCAUUUCAAAUGCAGUAGAACCUCUUUCAAUAACUCGUAUACUCAGUUUCGGUCUGUGGUAGUCAUGUUAAUUAAUGUAGAUGAAGUAUUUUGUUUGAUUUCUGCAUCUCAGCAUCAAUGUAAAUGGCACUGAAGUGUCAUGGCUGACUGUAAAUGUGAUCAUAGCUUCUUUUGCAGUAGUUUUAAGGGGUUCAAGAUGAUGGUCAUUUUUGUGUAAACUAUGAAUUUGGGGGAAAAAAUGCAGUUAAAUGUUCACACGCACACACUAGAAGAAACCUCAAAUGAUUUCAGUGAAACAAAGGCAGCCUCAAGAGUCAAGGGACCUUAAACCCAAGGUUAUAAAGAGAGAGCCAGCAGCAUAAAAUGUGUUGUGAAAUUAAGUUUUGUUUUUAUCCUGUGUGAUGAGUUUACAUCAUUUCAUUUGUACUUUUUAUCACAGUAUUGAUAUUGACAUUAAGAUCCAUUUAAAUGCAAUCAAACUGAAGCCAAAAUGAAUGUAUGAAGUAUUUAAAAAAGCUUCAGUCUAAUGUUAGAAGUCUCUUCAUUCAAGUACACACUAGGCUUCAAAAGCUACCAAAAGACCCUGGUCAAGACACCUUUGUUGCAAUGAACGCACAGCAUGUGAGAUGUCUUCAGAUUACUUUGGACCAGAGAGAUCUUUGUCCUGGUUUCUAAACAGCUAUGAGCAAAACAAUAAACAGUAUUGCUAUUUUGCAGAGAUAUAAAUAUGGAAAACAUAAGUGAACUACCAUCAUUUCACUUUGUACUCAGUGUAUUUGUUUAAUGUGUUUUAAUAAAUUCUCUCCAAUAAGA